AAUUACAAAUUACAAACUGAGUUAAACUGCUAAAUCCACUGGAUCCUGUACUGACUAGACGCUCCAUGGUUUUUUUUUUGUUACAGUGGCGUGACAUCUCCUCCGCUUUCCUGCUGCAUCUGUGUUGUAGGUGAAGUAUUCUGUAAUGUAAUGGAGUUGGAGACAGAUGCAAAUGCAGUUAAAGCUUUUAUUUAAAAAGAUAUGCAGACAAAUCCAAAACGUAGGGCAAUUUCACGGUCACAAAACAGGCGAUGGUCAGGCAAUCGGCAAACAACAUAAACUGGGCUUAGAUGAGAAUUGAGAAAGGUGAGUUCAAAACAGGAUUAACAGCCUUUUCUGCAUUCGCCUGAAGUGUUUUCAUUUGGUUGAAUAUUGUUAUAUUUGAUGCAUAUUUUCAUUUGGUUGAUGGUAUUUUUAUUUUUACUUAUCCUAUAUUUUGGGUACAAUUUUAUUUAUAUUUUGCUUCUACAAGGUGAUGCACUUUAAGGACCAGUCUAAUUUGAUGCAAAGAUUUGUACAUUAUCAGGAAUGUAGCACAACAUGGAGGUGAAAGCAGCGGUCUGUUUAUUUAAAUGUGAAAGUGCAAUAUAAAUAUUAUAAACCCAUAACUCUGUCACCAGUUUACCAGCUGUCCUUCCUUGGACCACUUUUGGUAUGUACUAACCACUGCAUACACCCCUCUGACCUAGUCCUCUAGCCAUCACAAUUUCGCCCAUGUCAUAGUGGCUGAGAUCCUGACCCUUGCCCAUUUUUCCUCCUACACAUCAACUUCUAGAACUGACUGUUCACUUGCUGCCUAAGAUAUCCACUAUUUUACAGGUGCCCUUGUAAGCAGAUAAUCCAUGUUAUUCACUUCACCUGUCAGCAGCUUUAUGUUAUGGCUGAUCUGGGUAUAGUUUUAUUUUGUAUUGCAGUGUGUUCUCAUUUUCGAAAUGAAACAGAACGCAGCAGCAGCCAACGAGGGCGGGAUAAAGAAACCGGGCACCUGGAGUUCAAACUUCCGCUUCCGGUCUGUUUGAAUUAUUACCGGAUGUGUUGGUGAAAUGCGUGAACUGCUAUAUAAUGCAAUCUGAUGUUUUAACUGUGAUUCCAUCCCGUAUUGUGCUAUAUCGUAACAGUGCAAUUUUAACGCCUUAGCGUGUCCGAUAACUUUUCACUUUGUUCCUGCUUUAAACAUCUCCAGGCUCACCUUCGGACUAUUAGCUAGCUAAUGCUAAAGCGACGCUUCGGUCAAUAAGCUGUUAACCUGAGCAUGGCACUGUGAUAAACGCGUUCUAAGCAUCUCGUUAGAAACCUGUCACAGGUAAACCGUGAGGUAGGAUUGCACGGCUGUUCUGGAAAGUGUUACUGAAGUGGUAAGGGUUAAAACUACGUUGUUUAAUUGAACAGCCAGUCAGCGGAACGACCCGGCUGUGUGCAUACAGUUGCCCGAGUAGUUAUCCAGCUCCAGCGUUCACUUCACGCUUCUCCUUCUAGUCGUACAUGUUCUCAGCAGGAGCAGAGGAAAAGGAUGCAACCGAACUCUGUUAUGGCUCGGCUUAACUUCAUAUUAUCAAACCUUUAAUGGCUGCUAACAUUAUUAAAGCGAAUAUUAGGUAUCUGUCGAGAGAGCUGGACGUUUAUAAAUGGUUUUAUUUUUAAAGCCUUUUGUGGGCUAGACCAACUUCGGAGAGUACUGUUCAGUGAUGGAGAGAGCAGGGGAGGAAGAGAAGCCGCUGUUCAGCAGCACAGAGACCAGACACAUUACUGACACCAGUGUUGGACAAGCCGGAAGUGGAAUUGAGCCCGUGAAAAGCCUAGAUGAGCCUCCCGUGGACUGGUUUGAGCCUCUGGAGGAGGACUGGGAGGAGGACGAAGACGACGACUAUGAUGCACAGAGCUGGGAUAUAGAUGGGGUCAGGGACGCUGAGAUGGACAGUCUGGCUGGAGAGAGUGAGAGGAGCGGCAGUGUAGCUGGGAGUGAGAGAAACUACCGAGGAGGAGGAGGUGCUGUGGGGAAAAGGAAAAGGAAGUGGCGGUUCGGCUCCGAUGAUGGCUGGGAGGAUUGUCCUGUUCUGGGAGAGGGCUGGAAACGCAAAGUGGUUCUGCGUCGUUCUGGUAUGAGUGUGGGGCAGAGAGAUAUCUACUACUUAAGCCCUAAAGGUGAUAGAGUAAGAAGUAAGAUUGAACUACUCAAAUCCAUUGGGAAUACUGUGGACCUUACCAACUUUGACUUCAAAACAGGGCUAUUUCUUGAUGGUGAACCUACAAAAAGAGGGAUAAAGAAGAGGAAGAUGGACCACUCUUCCCCAGCUGACUGUGGUUUCUCCUCAGAGUCCAGUUUUCACAAUGAGGCAACUGAGGCUUAUGACAGGACCUACAGUCCAGGCCCUCCAUAUAGCCUCAGUCACUUUGCUCAGCAGAGGCUAACUCCUUCCUCAAGUCAAAAGGAUGUUCCUAGUGUUCCCAGUCCUGGCACAUCUAAUGAGAACCGCAAUCAGGCUCUCGUAAUCCAACCAGCAGCCCCCACAAGGCAGAAUGUCCCUUCUAAUGCAGGCUUCCUUUCACAGACUUUAAAAAUGCCCACUAACCUGGAGGAUGGACCUACCUAUAUUCCAUCUAACGCCUGUCUUAGUACCUGUGCAAGAUGUAGGAACUCAUUUACAAGUGUAGAGGGACUGACUAUGUGUGAAAAAUGCAACAAAGCAUGCAAUGCCUCUAAAGAUAACCGCAACAUUACAUUUAGAAAAUGGCUUCCCUGUGGGUUUUGUCGAGCAUGUCAGCUCACUGAGGACUGUGGGGUUUGUGCCAGCUGCAGGAAUGGAAAACUGAACCCUCACUACCGAAGACCUAUUAGGUGCCGUAAGCGGAAGUGCUUGUGUCCAUCCCUCAAGAGGCGAGCGGAUGAUGUGCUUCCUCUGGCACAGUGUGGUUCAGUAGGCCAUAGACAAGAAAGAUUAGAAACUAUUAACACGAUUUCCAAGUACAAUUCGACUCUGGAUAUAGCUCAUCGGCAAUCACUGCCAGACUUUAAGGAAUCACAGUACAGUGACUCUGAUGAUCAGUCACCAUUUUAUGAAGAAAACGACAGUGAGGGAUUCUUAAGGAAGUUUCGGCGUUCCUGUGGACGAUGUAAAGGCUGUGUGGCCAAAGCUGACUGUGGAACCUGUGAUUAUUGCAUAGACAAACCCAAAUUUGGUGGCAGCAAUAAAAAAAGGCAGAAGUGCCGUCAGCGUCAAUGUCAGAGAGAAGCAAAGGGCUGGACUACACCUGGCAGACCAAGACCGCAUUAUGCUUACAGCCAUAAAGUUCUGCGAGGGAACAGAGAAAAGUGGGAUUUUGAGUUCUCUGACAAUGAAUGCGAGAAGGAAAGAAUAGCAAAAGGUUCUGUUGUUGGUGUGCGCUAUGUGGAGAGAGAGAAGCAUUGCAUCUCAGAAUACAAUGGACAGGAUGCAGAAAUUGAGGCAAGCCAGGCACUUUCUGAUGAUCAUCUUUUGCAUCUGUUCUGUGAUGAGUGGACUAUAGUAAAGGACAGGAAGUGGCGGCAGUCCCCAGCAACUGAACAUGCAGAGGAGCCAGAUGAGGAUGAAAUGGAGCCAACGAUCACACAAAUUUUUAGCCUGGGGGGCGACAGUGUUGAUGAUGAUGGCCUGGACCUGGAGCUGCUGGAGCUCUUGGCAUCCCUGCGCGACGCUCCAUUACCUGUGCUAUGGUGUGCCGUGCUGGCCGAGGGUCCGCGCCUGCAGCUCCUUCAGUGCUCCAAGCUCUCAGCCAUGGCAGACACAACAGUGCAGAUUGAACCAACCUUUCGUUACCACAUCAGUGUUCAGGGACAGCCUCUGCUGCCUACACACUGGCUGUACCAUGCUCACCCAGCCCGACUCACCUCAGUGGCACAGGUUGCCACUCUGCUGGAAGACCUAGAGCGUUACUCUGUGUGCCGAGGCUUUAAGAGUGAGCCUCCUUUUGGCUCUGAGCCUGUUGUCCAGGUUCGGGCAGCCACCUGUGAGUUCCUUGUGGUGCCAGAGACUCAGUGCUGUGCCAAGUGUAAGAGUGCACAACAGAAACGCUGAACAUGCAUAACUGAUUGACUACAGGACACUCGGAUCAGUGUUUAACUAGCAUCAGGAUCAAUGGAGCAAUCCUGGAGCAAUGGACAUUUCAAAAUCCUAAUAGUUGGUAGAAUUGAUGCUGUAUUUCUUAAAGAAUUGAGUUUGCCCAGUGAUAAUGAAUUGUGCUACUAGCACUAUGCUGCACAGAAUGCACAUGCAGUGCGGACUGCACAGCCUUGAUAGUUCCAUUCCAAGACCGUUCCAUUCAAAAUAAUACUGUAUUGAUUGCUCAUAACAUUUUCUAAUGAGGUACAUAUGAAUUAAUUAGUUUUAAUUUGGACUAUUACCCUUUCUGUCCAAGACUGUCUAAUACUACAGAAGAUAUGCACGAAUUGUGUGACAGUUUUUCCCCACAGCAUAGUUUGGGUCAUCUAAAGAGACCAGGCAAAUAAGACCAUUUGUGUUCAGUUAUUGUUUUGCGUUUGGGUUCAAAGAAUUAUUUGAUGCAGUGAAAACAAAACAGUGUUUCUUCCAUGGAAAGUUUGUUUGCUUUGUUGACCAGCAGUCAAUUCAAGAAAAUAGGCUGUGCUGAAUGGGCUUAAAUUGCUGCGAGGCAUGUUCAUGUUAGCAUUUUUAUACUUCUUUCACCAAGAAACAUUCUUCUGUAUCUUGCCUAAUGAUAUGCUAGUGGUUUUGGAUCAAUUAAAAAAAAAAAGUCUUCUGCGUUUUAUUCAGCAAAGAUAUGUUCCAGGGUUGGUUUGACAAAUGACACUACUGUAUAUUGAAGUCACACAUAUUGUACCUGUAACACUUCAAUAUUAGAUGCCUGUUGUGGAUUUUAGUGUUCCUACUCUUCUCAGGGCAGAGAUUUUAGAAUGCAAAGUGCAUGCACUGCAGACAGCAACACAUGUUUUUAUUGGCCAGAUGAUAACUUUUGUAUGUUAAAAAUAACUGGUACAAUGUGACACAUUUCUAAAAAUUUCUAUAUUACAGAUUUUUUUUUUAGUAAUGUUCAUCUUUUUUAAGCUUUGUGCAGAAGUAAUUUGAACAUGUAACCAAGUUAUUAUUUAAUAAAUCAUAUUGUAAGAAAUUUAAUGUUUAAAAAAAAUCUGAUAACAUUCCUUCGGUAAGCAAUUCUCAUGCGAGUAUAUAUCUGUAUCAAUAAGAAUCUGUUACACUAAAUAUUUUGUUUAAGGUUACAUUUUUCACAAAAAUGUAAGGCACAAGUGGAGCAACAGCAUCACAAGAUCUUGGUUUAUUAGAACUUUGUGCCAACUACCCUCAAGAUCUGUCUUUACGUAAGAGAAAAGCUAUUAUCAAAAAUCAUUACUAAACAAAGAGAUUUCCAAACUAGACUUGAAUCUGUGUCUGAGUCCCCCAACAAACUAGCAGACAGUUCCAAUUUAGACUUCAUUGUUCUAGGUACUUAAAAAAAAAAGUUUGCGGCAUUCGGACUGGAAGAAAGAUACUAGUCAUCAUUUUUUCUUUUAGCCAUUUCACCUUUGUUAAAAAACUGAAAACAGACAAUGGAUUUGUAGUUUUCUAUAUUUCUGCAUAAAUAUGACUUAAAAUAUUCAGAUUUUCAAUUCAAGUCCUAAAAGUAGAUAAAGAGAAUCCAAAUAAACAAAUGAGACAAAAAUAUUAUACGUGGUCAUUUAUUUAUUGCAGAAAAUGAUUGAAUAUUACAUACGUGAGUGGCAAAAGUAUGUGAACCUUUGCGUUCAGUAUCCAGUGUGACCCUCUUGUGCAGCAACUAAACGUACCCAGUAACUGUUGAUCAGUCCUGCACAUCGGCUUGGAGGAGUUUUAGCCGUUCCUCAGUACAGAACAGCUUCAACUCUGGGAUGUUGGUGGGCUUUCUCACAUGAACUGCUUGCUUCAGGACUUUCCACAACAUUUCUGUUGGAUAAAGGUCAGGAUUUUGACUUGGCCAUUCCAAAACAUUAACUUUAUUAUUCUUUAAGCAUUCUUUGGUAGAAUAACGUGUGUUUUGUGUGACUUUGCAUCAUCUUGCUGCAUGACCGACUUUCUCUUGAGAUUCAGUUCAUGGACAGAUGUCCUCAUAUUUUCUUUUAGAAUUCGCUGGUAUAAUUCAGAAUUCAUUGUUCCAUCUAUGAUUGCGAGUCGUCCUGGACCAGAACAGGUCAAAAUGGGCCAAAACCAUAAUACUACCACCACCGUGUUUCACAGAUGGAAUGAGGUUCUUAUGCUGGAAUGCAGUGUUUUCCUUUCUCCAAAUAUAACGCUUCUCAUUUAAAACAAAAAUUCUAUUUUGGUCUCAUCUAUCCACAAAACAUUUUUCCAGUAGCGUUCUGGCUUGUCCAUGUGAUCUUUAGCAAACUACAGAAGGGCAGCAAUGUUCUUUUUGGAGAGUGGUGGUUUACUCCUUGCAACCACACCAUGGUUGUUCAGUGUUCUCCUGAUCAUGGACUCAUGAACAUUAACAUUAGCCAAUGUGAGAGAGGCUAUUAGUUGCUUAGAAGUUACCCUGGCUUCCUUUAUGACCUCACAGACUAUUACAUGUCUUGCUUUUUGAGAGAUCUUUGUUGGUCUCCACUCCUGGGGAGGGUUACAGUGGUCUUCAAUUUCUUCCGUUUGUACACAGUCUGUCUGACUGGAUUUGUGGAGUCCAAACUCUUUAGAGAUGCUUUUGUAACCUUUGCCAGCCUGAUGAGCAUCAGCAACUUUUUCAGAGGUCCUCAAAAAUCUCCUAUGUUCAUGCCAUGAUGCACUUCCACAAACAUGUGUUGUGAAGAUCAGACUCUGAUAGAUCUCUGUUCUUUAAAUAAAACAGGACGUCACUCACUCACCCCUGAUUAUCAUCCCAUUGAUUGAAAACACCUGACUCUAAUUUCACCUUCAAAUUAACUGCUAAUCCUAGACGUUCACAUACUUUUGCCACUCACAGAUAUGUAACAUUGGAUCAUUUUCCUCAAUAAAUAAAUGACCAAGUAUAAUAUUUUUGUCUCAUUUCUUAAAUUGGGGUCUCUUGGUCUACUUUUACGACUUGUGUGAAAAUCUGAUUGUCUUGGGUCCUAUUUAUUCAGAUAUAUAGAACAUUUUAAAUGGUUCACAAACUUUCAAUCACCACUGUACAUGUGUAGAUCACAUGCUUAAAUGUUCAUGCUUUAACCUAAACAAGGUUUUCUUCAUCAACUGACUCGUCUAGCCAUUUUUAAAGUAAGACGUAUUAACAGAUUGGCAUCCAAUUAUUAGGCCCGAAGGGGUGACGUUCCCCAUUGUUUUUGUUAGUUUUCUUGUUAGGGGCCAAGCACUGAACCCACGAAACCUUUUUACUCAC